AUGAAGCCCACGCGUUCUAGGAGCAGGAAAGCUCUAACUAUUGGGGCUGAGCAGAGUAAUGCGGCUCAGCAGGAAGAUAUUUCCGAAGGGCAGGAGUCCUCGAGAACUCAGCCCGCAAACGAAGAAGUCAUAACCCAUAUGGCCGAAUUUGUGACCGAGAAUCCUAACAUUUUCGAGGAGUUAGGGAGGUAUCUUAAAAAACAAGGCAAACAGAAGGCCGAGUCCUCUAAAAGGAAGUCAGAUGGAUCUCCUGAAGGUCCGUCUGAAGAAGAAUCUGAUGGGAGGCGCCUGAGCCGAAGUGCUUCAAAGCGGGCAUUUUCCAAGGCCACCUCUAAGGUCGCCUCCCUAACCAAGGCAUUUUCAAGAGGGCUCUUGGGUCGACGACCUGAGGAGGAACUUCGACCCAUGGGGAGAGUUGGGGUGGAUUACAUGAGGGCUCCACCCUUUAUGGAUGACAUCAACGAGGAGAGACUUCCUCCCAACUUCAAACUCCCCUCGAUACAAUCUUACGACGGCCGAGGUGAUCCUGAAAACCACAUUCAUGCUUUCAUCUCGGCCUUCCGCCUAUAUUGCAUCCCUGACCCCGUCAUAUGCCGGGCUUUCCCAGUAUUCCUCCAGGGGACAGCUCGAAAAUGGUUCUGGGGUUUAGAACCUAGGAGCAUUUCAACCCUGGGGGAAUUAGUGGAGAGAUUUCUCCACCGGUUUGUCUCUUCCCGACCUACGACCAGAACCUCAGCUUAUCUGUUGAAUAUGCAACAGAACUCGGGAAAGUCACUUCGGUCGUACGUCCAGAGGUUCCACGAAGAAAGCGUGCAGAUACCUGAUCCCAAUGAGCAGGUUACCAUCGCUGCUUUAACCCACGGGCUCGUUGCCGGGGUUUUCAAUACCGGGAUCCACAAGAAGUAUUCUCGCACCCUCCAGGAACUAUGGUUGAAGGUCGAGAAGGGCAUACAAACCGAAGAUCUCAACCGUAUGAAAAAAGAGGCCCAGGCCUCCCGCUCAGGCCCGAGAACUGAUCCACGAAGGGGAAAAGACGCAGGCCGAAGUGAAAUCGGCACAGGAAGUGGCUUCCAAAAUCCUGACCGAGAUCGCCGCAGCGUAUUUGACAGGAUAUCUAAGGGGAAAUCAUCAAUUCCCGAGUCCGAGUUAACCCCUUUAAAUACCACCCGAUCUCGGGUAUUGUCCGUAAUGGAACAGAACAAUUUCGGAAGGGCACCUCAGAAGAUGUACGGUAGCAGAGAUAAGAGAAACUCGAACCUCUACUGCCUGUACCACCGAGACAUCGGGCAUGAGACUGAAGACUGCCAUGAUCUCAAAAGGGAGAUUGAGAACCUCAUCAGGAAGGGACACCUAAAGCAGUUCAUCCGCCGAGGUGGAGGUCAUCAACGUCAUGGAUUAGGGUAUGGACCCAACAUAGCCGGAGUCAUCAAUACCAUCACCGGAGGUCCGACGGGAGGAGAUAACCAGAAUUUCCGGAAGAGAACCUACAGGCAAGCUAACCCGGAUCAGGCCGAGUCAAGCUCCCGCCUGUCCGAAGUGAUCUCUUACGGACCCAGCGAUCCUGUCCCAACUGCCUCGAGCAGUCAUGAAGCCUUGGUGAUUGAACUACUCACCAACAAUUACAUUGUCAAGAAGGUCUACGUUGACCCAGGGAGUUCGGUGGACGUCAUGUAUCUCAACACGUUUGAAAACCUUAAGUUGACCAGGGAACACAUGACCCCGGUAAGGACCCCCCUGGUAAGGUUUGGGGGACACAUCGUGCAUCCCGAAGGGAUGGUUACUCUGACGGUGACUGUAGGGCAUCACCCCCGUUGCCGAACCAUCUCUGUCAACUUCGUGGUAGUUAAGGCCGACUCUCCGUACAACUUGCUCUUGGGUCGACCCACGCUAAAUGCUCUACGAGCAGUGUACUCCACAUACCGUCUGAGUUUUAUGUUUCCUACCCCCGCGGGUGUUGCUGAGGUAAGCAGCGAUGUCUGCGCUGCCAGAGAGUGCUACCUCGCCACUUUGCAGGCAGCCUCCACAUCGACCUCCGGCACGAGGUCCGAGAAGAGGUCCAACAUCCUGUCAAUUGAUUGCAUCAACCCUCAGCGAGCUGAGAAGCCCCAGAAGCUGGAGGCCGGAGAUGAGGUGGAGGAGGUCUCCCUGAACCCCACGAAUCCGGAUCAGACGAUCCGCGUCAGCACCUGUUAA